GAAGACGUUAUCCAAAUGAAUCCGCUCCAAAUCUUGCACCUAGCAUUCCGCAAUCACUUACUUUUUAACCAUUGACAGCUCAAUCACACGGCAGAAUGUGCUCCUCAUUGCGUGCACUUUCAACCGUUUCUCUAGUUAUUCUACUAGCUUCGACCUGUAGUGGCACCUGUAACGAAACGGAAUCGUCACCUUCAACCUGUGACGUACAUUCACGUGAAAAACGGUUUCUUACCUACGUCGUCAAUGGAGGAGUGGCCAAAAUAGUUCUCGGAGGAGUCUUUCCGGUGUAUUUCCACCACAAGCUGAAGAGAAGUUUGAACGCGGCCGUGAACGUUCAGGCAAACUAUCGAAUCCCAGCGGACAUAAUCUGGCCUGUUCCGGAGGACAUUUUCCGGCAACGCGUGAAUAAUGAUUUUAUUGACAACAGCAGAUCGCAAUUGUAUCGACUGUUGGAGCGGAUGAUCGAUACCUGGGGAAGAAAUGGCCGGACUUGUUUGCUAAGAACGAUUUGUGAAUUGGCGGAGACGCCUCUGUCGCAUAAUGGGAUGUUUGGUGAGAUAUUGGAUGUCAUAUUCACACCAAGCGACUCCGAUGUUAUAGACAAGGAAUACCGAAUGGCACGGAAGUAUGGAACCCAUGGAGUGAGCUGUUCGGGAGUUUUCAAGGAAUGCCCUAACGGUCACGGUCUUCUUGACGCGAUCAGUACAGUUCUAACAUCUAAGGUUAUGUUUAAUUGACAUCGUCUUAUUGAUCCAUAAUGCUGAACAGCACAUUUGGAUUUCGGCUAAGCUGUGUAAUACUUUGGGGCCACUCUACCGUAUGCCUAUCUAAAUAUAAAUUUAAUCCAUGUUGA